AAGCUACACAAACAAAGAUGGCUGCCGCUGGACUCGAUUUGAAGAACCCGGAAGUAGCUCUCUCUCUGCUCCCUGUAGUGCUCUGAACGAUGGAGCAAACUACAAGUGAGCACCGUCAAAAGACGUUUUCCUGCCACUUGUGUGCAAUGAGCAGCCCGUUUACUUACUACGGUCAGAAACCACCAAACACUCGAGCCAUUGUGUUGCUUGAGGAGUGUUUUGUGACCAGAGACCCCUUCAGUCCGGACAAGGAAAAGUUCCUGGUCUUGGGCUCCAACUGUACCCUGUGCAGCAUGUGUGUCUGUGUUGGAUCGGAAUGCAGUCUCUUCUACACCAAGAGGUUCUGCAUGCAGUGUGUGAACAAGCACUUGGACCAGUUCCCCCAUCAGAUCCAGGCUGAACUGGCCAAGAAGAAGCAGAGCUCCAAAGCGGGCGUCUCGUGACAUCAGAGGUCCAUAACCCAUAGAAACGGUCUAAUAGAAGAGACAUCACUGAAUGCUCACAGACUCACAGAUAUGUCACAGUGCUUUACCAGCACUCUUCAAACAAACAUGUGUGGCUACAAUUCAAAAGACACUGCGUUGAAAAUCAAAACAACCUGCAGUGAACUGCCCUAGUUUUACUUGUCAUUAUAUUGAUUUUUUUAAAAAGCAUCACUACGCAGUUAUAUAAUGCUAGAUGCUGCAUGUAGACAGCAAGAUGUAACAUAGUCAUAUUCUUUAGGUCAGGGACAGAUGUGAUAGUUGCUUCAGAUUAAUGAUCAGACCUGUAGGUUUAAUCCAAUUAAAAAAAUAGUGCAUUCUGAUUUUGAAUACUAUAUCAUGUAUUGCAUGUGUAUAUAUGCUCUACAGUUGGGUAUCUCCCAAACUGAUGGUGAGCAAGUCAUGUUCAAAGACUAGUUGCAAAAGGCACAUUUAAAAUAUGUUAGCCAAAAAAUGUCUUCAUACUUAAUUAUGCAUGCCUGUUGCACUAUUUUAUAUGAGAAAAUACAUGUUUCAGAAAUACACAGUUGUGGUGACACUUAUCAAGAUCUCUUGACAUGUGCACUGACAGUCAGUUACACAUCCUUUGUCUCUUCAGUCAGAGGGCUCUCUGUUGACUUCUGUGAAGUCUUUUUUUUUCUCCUGUGUAAUCAAAAAACUAUAAAAAGACACAACAGUGACCUUUCUCUGUUA